AUGUCGCCUAAGCGACCUACAUCGUUAUACAGCUCAGGUCACAGCUGUGCAUUGAAAUCCUACAGAUCUCUGAAUUCCCUCAAUAAGAUCAAUCAGUCGGAAACUUGUCGACUAGAGGAGGUAAAGCUGGCAAUAAAAUCACAGUUCGGUGCUGAAUUUCGACGGUUUUCAAUAGCUGUUGGGGCUGGCAUACCCUCACCGUCGUACGAUGAGUUCGCAGCAUUAAUACAGGAUCUCCAUAGGCUCACGAAAGAGCAAAGAUCAUCAACUCAUAUCACGUACCUCUCACAAGACGGAAGCACAUUGCCAAUAUCUAAUGAUGAAAAUUUGAGAAAAGCUCUGGAAACCAGAGAAAAAGUGCUCCGACUUGUUGUCCAGCAGAAGGGUGAGUCGCUGGAGGAACAAUACGGUUACGGAGCUACACCUGAAGCGUUGAUCAGNGUGCAAAGUUCUUUUUCUGUAGGUUACUCCGAACGUCUUACCCCGUGGGGCUACACAGUGGCUCCCGGAAUUUUCAUCUCACGUCUACUUCCGAAUGGUCUAGCAGCGUCAACAAAUUUGCUUAGCGUCAAUGACGAGAUUGUCGAAGUUAAUGGAAUCGAAGUAAUCAUUUCAGUAUCUGAGAAGACCCUCGAUCAGGUGACGGACAUCAUGAUCGCCAACUCGGCCAAUCUCAUCCUGACAGUCAGACCUGCAGGACCUAGCUCACAUCACAAUUUGCCAUAUUUACUGCCUCCACCCUGUGCCUUAACUCCUUUACCUCCCAGCUACUAUAGCCCAUACGGUUGUAGUCCACAUCGGGACUAUCGCGACUACGGUAUACCACCUGGAAUACUUCCGAGUUACUGCAGUCCUCAGAUGACACAAUCACUAUGGGCCCCCAGCAAUCUUCUUCGGUAUGGUAUGGAAAAUCAACCGGAAAUGGGCAGAAUGCCGAUCUCACAGCCACUACAUUGCUCGUCGUUCUCUCGCGAGAGCACCUGGCGAAUAAGUGACAAACUCGCGAAGAUGUCAUUGCGGUCUCGCGAUUCACCCCAGCACCACUCGGAUCAGAAGAAACGACCGCUUACAGUCCACUGCUCCACUCAGAACGUGAUUCCUGCUCCGCCAUACCCAUUCUACGGCUAUUGA